AUGUCUUCUCAAUCAGCACGUAAACAAGACAAAUUAUCAUUUCGAACAUUUGUAUUAUUAUUGAAAAGACAAAAUCCUAGUUGGACUGCUUCGAACAUUGCUGACUUCCUUGAACAAUCAGAUAAUCCUCCAAAUUUAAAUCGACAUAGUUUAAUGAACAAAAUCCAUUAUUUAUUAAAAAGAGGAUCAACCUAUGACAGAAAAAGAUCUGGUAGACCACGAACUACUACCACCCCAGAUUAUCGAAAUACAGUCUUACAAGAAAUUCAAACGAAGACCAAAGCUAGUAUUAGAAGUGUAUCGGCAAAACUGAGACAAAACGGUUGGAAAACAUCACCUUCUUCGGUUUAUAGAACAGAAAAAUCAUUAGGUUUGAAAUGGUUUAAGAAGAAAAGAGUGCAAAAACUAACAAUUGAAAAUAAAAUGCAACGUGUUAGAUGCGCAAAGAUUUUACGAAAAAAUUUUGGUGCUACGAAAAGAUCAAAAACCUGGCGAUGGGAUAAAGUAGUCAAUACGGAUUUCUCUGGAAAAUUCAUUUUAGAUUCCUCAUCGAAUCCACAUAAUGACGGUGUUUGGGCAAAAGCUGCUGAAGAAAUACCACCAGCAAUUUAUUAUCGAUCAAAAAAUCAAAUAUCAUUGAAUUAUACACCAUUGGAUAGAGCGUCACGAGUACUUUAA